AUUAUAUAGAGGGAGUAAGAGAGAGUGAGAGAGAAAGAGACGAUGAUACGUAGCGAAGCAGCUGACUCACGCGACCGCGAGAGAGAGAGAGAGAAAGAGAAAGGAGGUAUAGAUAAAGAUAGAGAGAGAAAGAACGAACGAACGAACGAACGAAGGCUGCGUUUCGCUUCUAGUAUUCUCUCAAACGUCGAGCGAGAACUAUUCUAUUUUUUUUAAACGUUAGUUAUAUUUUUUAACCCUUUUUUUUCUUCUCUAUCAUUCUUGUGCACCUGUCCAGGAUAUUUCUUAUUUUCAAUGGGAAUUUAAUAGUGCGAAGAAUUCAGUGAAGUUUUGUUGUUAUUGUGGAACAAUAUUUUUUCAAGGAUAUUAAUGUGAAAGCUCUCCUCCUUUUUCUCUCUCUCUCUCUCUUUUUCUGUCUUUUUAUAAUGUAUUAGAAAGGGACAUAAUAAUUUACGUAUAUAUUUAUUUGAGAAUAUAUUGUGUUUACGUGUGUCCUACGUGUGUUCCUUAUCGUCCUUUUACAGAAGUUCCGAGAAUUUUGCUUGAAACGCGUUGGAACAGUGCCACGAUAGAAAAACAGAGAGAGAGAGAGAGAUAUGUAAACAAAAAGAGAGAGGGAAAGAGACGCGUGUUAUUAUUCGCAAGCCAAAUUGUACAACUAUCAAUGUCUCCUUUUAAACGUCGUGGUAUUCGUAUAUUGACUCUCGAAGAAGUAAGAUGGUAAAUACGACAGGCAGGAAUAAGUGUGUUAAUCGGUAUGCGAAUUUACGAAGAACGAGGAACUCGUAAUGGAAACGAUGAUUUCCAAGUGAAAUCCAAUCGUAAGCUUCGCUUAUUAAUUUUUAACACAUAUAUUGUUAUUAUUAUUGUUAUUUUAUGCAUUGUGUUACGGUGAUAUUAAGUGUUAUAUAUAAAAAAAGAAGAAAAAAGAUAAGAGAGAUAGAGAAGAAACAUUAGAAGAUUAGAAGAUAUGGCGAGUGAAGUGAUGCUGGCGCCGACUACGACGCCUGGAGCAUCCAGAAGAGAGAUGGACGACGUCAGAGACAUGAUUAGAAAUGCGACGGUCACUACCAUUUACGCUAAACAACGUGCCUCCGUGAAAUGGCUCCUAUCGAAGGCAUACAACAAUCGAGUACCAGACAACCUUCGCGAGCCGUAUUAUCGUGAUCACGAGGAUCAAGAACAUCUAAAGCCACAAAUCGUCCAUGCACUCUCCAAUGCAGAACUCUACUGUCUCGCUUUGGCGAACAUUUAUUCUGAUCCCAAUUAUCACAAUCAAAAUCACUGCGGUAUAUUGCAAGCAUUGGCGAGAAAGGGCGUGAACGUUGCCGAAUCUAACAAUACUCAGCUCACCGAAACGAUUCUCAUUCAAAAUUCACCGAUUAAAAUGUCUGCGCAUAUGGCUGUGAUAGAAGGCUUGAUGGCCUUAUAUGCGAAAGAAGUGGUAACUGGCGAUCGUGUUGUCUCGGCAAUACGUCGAUUCGAUCCCCAAGCCGAUGUAGAAGUUCCAAACGAUCACGAGAAAGGACUUUUACUUUGGAUAAGCCACGCUUCGCACGCGCUAAUCGCAAAAAUUCAAACUGAGGAGGGUGCCGGUGACAAGACAAGAUUACCAGAACUGCCAGCCGCUAAAGAUUUCCAAUCUCUCUGCGAUGGUGUUGGACUCGCAGCCGUCGUUGCCUUUUAUUGUCCUGGCGAACUGAAUUGGAUGGACAUCAGGGUGUCUAAGAGACCUUCUGUUGCUGAUGCCUUGCAUAAUCUUUCAUUGGUGCAUACAUUUUGUACCAGAUGCUUACCCUACUCUAUUUUCCAUAUGCAGCCUGAAGAUGUUACGUAUAUGAGAGGAUCUAUGAAACCGAAUUUGGUCGUUUUUCUGGCGGACAUGUACAACGUCUUGGAAAUUCAUCCAGCUAAAUGUGUACGAUAUCCUGGCGAGGAGAGGGCAAUGCAAUUCUUGGAUGCGUGCCCGCGCAAUAGUCAUGGCGUAGCUCAUAAAAGAAGUCUACCACAGUCUAUAGCUCCGAUACCUGAUCUGAGAAGCAACCUCUCCGUAUCCGCGCCAGGCUUCACAGUUGCAAAAAGCGUGCCAUCCAGCACUGUAAAGAAGUCACAAUCUUUGCAACAAACUGCCGAAAGUCAUUCUUACGACGAUAGAAGGGCCGGUAGCGAGGAAAGUUUCGUAGUACAUCGUGGAAAAGGUAUUCCUACUUUGAGCUCUGUGGCUGAUGAAAAAAUUAUUGGUAGAGCGGAGGCAGCUGGACGACCAAGCAAUUGGGAAGAUCAGAGAAGAACUUCUUAUGCUGGUCGUCGAUCCAGACGUAAUAGUGUUACCGAUGAUUCUCAAUUAACUAUUGAAAAUUUUGGUGGAUCUCAGGAUAAUUUACAUAACUUUGGUAGAAAUCCGGAUAAAGAAGUAGGAGUGUAUACUGGUAAAAGAAGUACCACCGAACCAACUCUCCCUGCACGUUCGAGUGUUCAAGACGUAUAUGGAAGUGGUGUUCAACAUAUACUUGCUGAUAAUGGUUAUAAUAAUGAAGAACCAUCCAGGUUGAGAAGACAAGCCUCAAAUUCUAGCUUGGAUAAUGUUGCACUCAAGAGCAUUUUACAUUCCAGUGAAAAUGAUAAUAACGAUGGUAGUACCACUAAAUUAUCCAGUUUCUCGAACCUCAGUAAACAGAGUAUGGAAAAGGGGAUCAAUCUCACUUAUACCGAUCAAGAAAGAGAUGAUAACUCUACAAAAUCUAAUGUCUCGAGUAAAAAGUAUGGUCAGAGUAAUGGAAAUGGAAUUGCAGAGAAAAAGACUACAUUUGCAACAUUACCAAACACGACAACAUGGCAACAACAAAGUACACAGCAUUCUCAACAAAUAGAACAUCAAUCGAUCGACGAAAAUGGUGGUAACACUGUAAUGGCCUCGCAGCUAAAUAAUAUUAGAUUAAAGUUAGAAGAAAAACGUCGUCACAUCGAGAAUGAAAAAAGAAGAAUGGAAGUUGUUAUGUCGAAGCAGCGACAAAAAGUUGGAAAAGCUGCUUUUCUACAAGCGGUUACAAAGGGUAAGGUAAAGUCUCCUUCCUCGUCAACAUCUGGGGGGGACAGUCCGGAAGAAAUCGGUCCCCCCACCCCAGUAACCUCUGCAUCUUCGGGGGAGACCCCAACAAGUGUAUCUGAGGCCAUUCCUGUACCCCAACAACCCUCUCAAGAAAAACCACAGAGACCCUUCUCGCUCAAGGAAAUCAGCGAAGAUGUUCGAGACGUAGAGCAUAAAUGGUUGGAGCAAGAUGGAAGUGCACCGUUUAUUGAAACAAGGCGUACUCCGGACAUAGAAAAUAUGGAUCUAGAACAGUAUCAUCAAUCUAUAUCACUAAUGAAUAACAGCCUCAGUGAAAUACAAGCUGAUAUACAACGUUUAGCUAAUCAACAAAAUCAAAUACAACAACAACACUUAAUGACACAACAUCAGCAACAAAUGCAACAACAAUUGCAACAGUUGCAAAGCCUUAGUCAACAGCAUAUGCAAUCUUAUGGUAUGUCUCCAAUGAGUACAUUAACUCCAAGAAUACAAGAUUCUCAACAAUCACAGUUUUAUUUACACGAUCAACCGCAGUUACAAAGGAGAACAUGGGGACAACCUCCGCCAAAUCAGAAUUUAACUAACGAAAUGAACGUUGGAUACCAACAAUCUAUCGAUUCGCGAUUCAAUCCACAAACCACUGCUUACCAACAAGAUAUGCGUUUAUAUCAAGAUACAAGAAGUUGGAAUACUCAUCCAUCGCAACAAAAAGGUUUUGUAUUUCAUGAAACAUCUCAAGAGCCAAGGUAUCUUAAUGGUGGGGAUCAUAGUCUUUGUAAUAAUCAAAUGAAUCAGCCUGUUUCCACUUAUCCAACAUCUGCGUCACUUUUUAAUCAAACUGCAUCAACGACUGCUAGUCCUCAACAUCGUAACGCCAUUCAUCGAAUAAGUCAGUUAAUGAGCGAAAGUCCAGAAUCUAAAAGGCCAACCGUACAUCAUAUUCCAAUGACCUGCGAAAGUCCAACUGAAAAAAGGCAAUGUGCAACUUUACAUACUCCUGUUCCAGCUCCACCUGUUGAUGAUAUGAAACCACAGAAUAUAUCGUUCAUUGGAAACGACGAUGAAGUCGUACAAGGUAUACGAGGUUUGCAUAUCACUUCGGGUAGUCGAACAUAUAGGAUACCAUCUCCAACUAGGCCUUCGAUAUCACGAAAUUCUUUUCAACCUCAUCCAUCCCUCAGAGAAGCAACACCGUCUCCUUCGAGAACCCCAGAAGUUACACCGCUCGAUCCUACAGAUGCCGGUGAAAAGGGUUUCUACAUUUCAUUCGAUAACGAUGUGCCUAAGAAGCCAAAACCAACUCUUAGAGUUAAAAGAACAUCUCCGAAGAAGGAAAGAAACGUGUCUUCUUACAUAGAACACGAUGACUACGCAGUACGUACAGAAUCGCCACCUGUUAGUGUCACGGAAAGACAAAAACAAUUAGAAGCGCAAAGAGAUUUAGAAAGAGAAAGGCAACGUCAAGCCGAAGAGAGAGAAUUUCAUAGACAAGAAAUGAGAGAUAGAGAAUUACAAAAAGAAAUAGAUAGAGAACGUCAGAGAGAAAGACAACGUGAUAGUAGUACGGAAGGUCGUCAGUCUAGUAGUGCUGGUUUAGUUAUUGGAAAACAGUUGACAAAUCCUGAUCCAAAUUCAUUAGACGAGAUGGAAAGAAAGAAAGAACGGAUAAUGUUACUGUCGCUGCAGAGAAGACAACAGCAAGAAGAAAUGAAAGAAAGAAAGGAAGCUGAAGCUCAAGCACGUAGAGAACAAGAGAAAUUAAAAGCAGAAGAGAGAGCACGUAAGAAGGAGGAGGAAAGACAGAGGAGAGCAAACAUUUUAGAACAGUAUAAAGUUAAGAAAGCCAUCGAGGAAGCGGAAAGAGAAGGAAAAGUCAUCGACAAAGAAUUGUUAAAUGCAAUAAAACCAACCAAAUUACGUAAUAAGACUGCAACGACGCGUCCACGACCAAAGACAAUUCACGUAGACGCUGGUACGGAAUUGGAUUCUGGAGCUCUUACGCCUAGUCGUGGAAAGAAAGGUUCUUCCUCUAAUUUGAGUACAGCGUCGCUGACCUCCCCGACGAUGAGGCGAGACUACUACCGAGGCUCGCAGGACAGUCUUACUGCUGCUCACCUUGAUGAUCGACGUUCCGGCCCCCUUUAUCGGGGCGGCAGCCUCAGGGUAUCUUCCGUAGAUUCACCCGAUGAUGGUAGAGGUUCAUCUCCCUGUCGAAGCGUAAAGCAGCUUGGAAGACGUGGUUCCUACAAAACAUCAAGAGAUGUGCAGGAGCCUCAGCAACAGGUUAGAGGCAGGCCUAAAUACCCGACUUACCAAAACUUUAAGGGAAGAAAAUCUAAUUCCUUGAUGAAUUUGUGUGGUUCGAGUAGUGAUCAAGACGGUAUGAUGUGUCGGUACACAGAUACGGAUAGCGGAUUGGGUCGAGCAACACCACCUAGACGUGCGCCUAGUCCUGGUAUGGGAAGUAUGAGACAUCUUCCAUCACCAUCGGGUCCUGGAUCCUUGCCACCUGGUCUGAUGACAAAAAGAAGAGUCUUUGACGAUGGUAGCAGCGAUAUCAGCAGUACACCAAGUUCGAUGAUGGAUUAUAGUGGUCCAAGAUUGUAUAAACAACCUACAACUAAAUCGAACCGUGGUAUUAUGUUGAACGCUGUUGAAUAUUGCGUGUUUCCUGGUACAGUCAAUAAAGAAGCCAAGAGAAAAGUUUUAGAUGAAAUAGCUAGAUCGGAAAGCAAGCAUUUCCUCAUAUUGUUUCGAGAUGCUGGUUGCCAAUUCCGUGCUCUCUAUUCUUACUGUCCAGAUCGAGAAGAAGUAUCGAAGUUGUAUGGCACUGGACCUAAACAAGUCUUCGAUAAAAUGUUUGAUAAGUUCUUUAAAUAUAAUUCUGGAGGAAAGUGUUUCUCCCAAGUUCACACAAAGCAUCUGACUGUAACCAUAGAUGCCUUUACGAUACACGACAGUCUUUGGCAAGGUAAAAAAGUGAAUUUACCAAACAAAAAGAACAUGCCUCUCGUCAUAUAGUUUUACACAAGUGUCACUCUUAACAUUAUGCUACCAUGCCCUUUCUUGUUCAUAGUUACUAUUUUAAUACAGGCCCAUAUUAAAUUAAUGCAAACGUUGCGUUCUUAGUCAAUUUUAUAAGGACACCCGAUGAUCGGUGCUGACUCGAUUAUUAAUUAUGUUACGAGUUGUGCGAUCUUUCCAAGAUUUUUAUUUUCUUUUUUUUUCUUUCUUUUAUAAGAUUGCACGAAUCAUAUUUUUAAACAAACAAUGUCAUUAGAAUAUUUCUUUUUUUUUCCUUUUUCGUUCUCUCCUUUUUUCAUUUCCUGUCUUUCUUUCUUUCUAUUUUAUUCUUCUUUAUUUUGUCUCUUAAUUUUCUACUGCGUUGAUCUCAGCACCGAUUUUUGUGUCAUAAGAUUACCAAUAUUUACGAUAGGAACGGUUUGUUGCCGAUGCGUAAUAUUCGUGCGGAUUAACUCUCGACAUGUAAUCUUGUAAUCACGUAAACUGCUGUGUUGCAAAUGGAACGCAUGACUGAUAUCAACGUGUUAUUCAUUUUCCUAAGUUCACUUUUGCAAGGAGAGAGAGAGAGAGAGAGAGCCAGGAUUAUCGCAUUUUCAUGUUAACAAAAGUCUUGUCUUACUAGUGCAUAUAAUGAUGUGAUUCGCACAGGUUUUUUCCAUCUUUUUUAGAUAUAACAACAACAAAAAAUAUGUGAAUUAAUAUUAUUUUUAUUAUUAUUAUUAAUAUUACUAUUAUUAUUAUUAUUAUUAUUAUUAUUAUUAUUAUUAUUAUUAUUAUUAUUAUUAAUCUAGUACGAUUGGCUUUUACGAACAGUUAAAAAUUAAGCAGACGGGGGAUCAUUAAUUUUCACAUAUGUCGUAUUGAUGUAUUAAAAGACACAAGAGUGAUACUGUCAUUAAUGUUGUUAUUUAUAUUGCGAAAAUAAAUGAAGCUUUAGCUCACUCCAUUUUACAAUUUAAAAGUAAUAAUUUCUUCUUUCCUUUUUCUUUUCUUAAUAUAUCUUUACAAAGGCUAAAAUUGUUAACAUUUCAAAUUCACUUGUAUUAGAUCAAAGUUGAUAAAUGAUUCUUCGUCUUGCAUAGUAUUUGCAACUGUUGACGGUUGUAGCAUAUAAUGUAAUUUGUAAUUUGUAAUUUGUUUGAGGAGAAGAAUGUGUAAGAAGAACAGCUCACAGACUAUAAAAGUAGUUUUGUAAAUAAAUAAGUUGAGAAUGAAAAUUAGUGAAGAAAAUACCAAAUCAGCCUUAUGGUCAAUCUGGGCAUAGUAUAUAUAUAUAUAUGUGUAUACAUAUGUGUGUGUGUUUGUGCGCGCGUGUGCGUGUGUGUACGUAUAUACAUAUAUAUAUGUAUGUAUAUAUAUAUAUAUAUAUCGUGCAAGAAUGUUUUUCUUUAUGAUACAAAGAGUAUAUGCAUGAAUUCGAAUUGAACUAUAAAAUGUGCCGUCAAAUGUAUGCUACUGAGAAAAAAAGUGAUUGUAACUCGUCAACGAGAAAUGAAAAAGAAGAAAAAAGAACUCGACUAAUAUUUAUUUUUGAUUACUAACAAAUUUUGUCGUCUAUUGUAAACCCGUAGUUUCUCACACAAUGUCUCCAUCCCUUUUUUUUAUCAAUUAAUUACUCUUUGUGAUCAUCUUGUAAGAGGAUAGUGGAAUAUGGUCGGUGUCGCUGUCGAUAAUUUAUAUUCUAUAUUCAGUGUAUUUGAACGCAUUGUAAUUGACAAGAAAAUUAUUUCUAUACAUUUUUGUAAUUCUCUUCAGUCUGAUUGAUAAAACACCAUCCAUAAUCUGUAUUCCUCAAGAAAAAGAAAAAGAAAUUGAACAAAAGAUAUGAGAUUUUAUAGAAAAAAAUUACGCCUAGAAAUGAUCAUUUUUCUUUUUUCUUAUCUUUUCUUUUUUUUAAUAUUUUUUAUCUUUUACUUUAUCUAAAAAGAAUGAUUUAUAAAUGAAAAUUAAAUUAGUAUCUUCUUAAUUUUGUCUCGUUUUGUAUCGCAGAGAAUGGUAUAUCUCAUUUCAAUUACUAUUUUCUAGUGGCAAGUGUGCCAAUUACAAUUCUUCCUUUUUAUCUUGUUUUAUAUAUAUAUAUAUAUAUUUUUUUUUUCUUUUUUAUAAGAGAAUGAGAUAUGCAUGGUAUGUAUAUUGAUGAUUAAUUAGUUUGAUAACAUAUAAAGGAAAAACUAUUUAUAUUGUGCCAUAAAUUUAACGUCCGCCUUUCGUGUGCGACUGGCAUUGGCUCUUUUUGUCUUUGGCAAACGACUAAUCUUUUAAUGAAAGAGUAAAUACGAGUUUUUUAAUACGAUAUAUUCCUAUAGAUACACGAUGAGAUAGUGUUUAGAUAGAAACGCGAGAAAAAUAUUUUAUAGAUUAAUAUGGAAGGUCUAUCUCUUUUAUGUAAUUCGUCUUAUAGUGACAUUUUUAGUUAAGUAUAAUCAUCAACAAACUAAUAUUAUUAUUAUUAUUUUUAUUUUUAUUAUUAUUAUUAUUGUAAUAUAAUGUGCAAAAUUGCAAUAUUUUAUUUCUGAAAUGUUUUAGCAUUCAACAAUUUAGUCAGAUUCGAUAGACCCUUCAUAUUUUUGUAUAAUUAGACACAUAGACACACACGUCCACACACUCACACACAGAAAAGAGCAUAUUGAUUAACAUUAGAAACGAAAAAAUUAUGCGACAUAUCGAAUUUUCUCAAACUUUCUGCGGUCAUUCGAAAAAUAUAAUGUAUGUAUAUUUUCCAUUGGACAAUAUGAAAUAGUGAAUUUUGUCAAAUUCCGAUUAGACAAUUCAUUGUCCCGUCAAAAUUUUUUCAGUAGGGACUAAAAAAAGUAAAAAAAAGAUAAAAUCCGUCGAUUGUGGUAUCCAAAGAGUGUCACUUAUUAUAUUCUCUCUACUAUAAAUCUAUUAAUUCAUUCAUUCAUUCAUUCAUUUAUUCAUUAAAAUAUAUUGCCGUAAAACGGUGAAAAGUAGAAGAAGCUGUGAGCCACCUGUGUCUCUCAGUUAUGGUCCGAUUUGACAAUAUUGAAUAUGAAAAUACUAUGCGCCAUAAAAUGACUUUAAUAAGGUUUGAGGUGCGAAUCGCUAUAAUAAGUUCACGAUGACGAUGACGACGACGACGACGACGACGACGACGACGACGAUAACGACGAGAUUAAUAAUGAUGAAAAAUAAUAAUAAAAAAAAACGAAACAAAAAAUUAUAAUAUAUACAUGCAUAUAUAUACAUAUACAUAUAUAUAUACAUAUAUACACAUAUAUAUAUGUAUAUAUAUACAUAUAUAUAUGUAUAUAUAUAUAUAUAGUCACUAAUCUUAAGAGUCAACGAGAGACCAUUUGGCUUUAUGAAAGAAAGAAAUUGAAUACGAAAAGAGCUACGAAAAGAUACGAAAGUUAUAAUGUAGCUAAAAAUUGAGAGGUGAUUGCUUGUGCUUGAUAUUUAUAUUUUUCAAAGGGGCGAUAUAUUAUUAGUGAGCUGUUGGAUUUGACGUUUAAUGCAUACCGUUUUAAACAAAAAAAAAAAAAGGAAAAUGCUAAGCGAGCGACAGAGUGUGAGAGAGAGAGAGAGAGAGAGAGAGAGAGAGAGAGAGAAACAGAAAGAUUAAAAUAAAAACUGGACUACUGACGUAUUUGUACGCUGCAGUAAUCGCGCUUACUAAUAAUAAAGAAUUACCUUUAUGUAAUAA